CAAUUAAAAAGACAAAUUAAUCAAUCAAUUUGUCAAAGUCAAACUUUAAGGAAGCUUGCUGUGGGGCUUGUAAAAGUUAAGUUAAAUUGUUAAUAUUAAAUACGAAAAUACUAGACCCACAGUUUAAAAACAUUGCAAAUAUCAUUAUAUACUAGUAUUAAGUAAAAAUGGCUUCUCCGUCUCCGAAGUCGCCCGAACAGAGUGAAAAGAACAAACAAUAUGACCGGCAAUUACGGUUGUGGGGUGAUCAUGGUCAAACUGCACUUGAAAAUGGGCAUAUAUGUUUAAUAAAUGCAACAGCUUUAGGAACUGAAAUUCUUAAAUCUAUAGUUUUACCAGGCGUAGGCGCUGUUACUAUUGUGGACGACAAUAUCGUAAGCGACGAAGACAUUGGGAGUAACUUUUUCCUAGAAUGUUCAAGUAAAAAUUUGAAUAGAGGUUCAGAGGCACUGCGUUUGGUAAUAGAGCUAAAUCCAGCUGUACAAGGUUAUGCAGUUCAGGAACCUACGGAUCAAAUAUUAUUAGACAACCCAGACUUCUUUAAAAAAUUCAGUGUAGUGAUUGCUACAUCUUUAAGUGAAAAAACAAUACAAAAUCUGUCAAACCAUUUGUGGGAGAUAAAUGUUCCCUUCAUAUUAUGUAGAUCUGUUGGAUUCCUAGGUUCAUUUAGGAUUCAAUUAAAAGAACAUGCUAUUGUAGAAAGCCAUCCUGAUAAUGAACAACAUGAUCUUCGUUUAGAUGUCCCUUUCCAAACCUUAUUUGACUAUUUAAAUAGUUUUGAUAUAGAUUCAUUGGAUUUGAAAGAUCAUGGUCACAUACCUUGGAUUGUUAUUCUAUACAAAUCAGUUCAAAAAUGGAAAAUUUCAAACUCAAAUAGAUGGCCAAUGAGCAGAAAAGAAAAAAAUGAGAUUAAGGCAAUUAUAGACCAGUUUAAGCGGCUGGAUGAUAAUGGAAUGCCAAUUUAUGAAGAAAAUUUUGAAGAAGCUCUAAGAGCUGUUAAUACUGCAUUGAUACCAACAUUUCUACCAGUAAAAAUACAAGAGCUCCUAUAUAGCAGUUCAGCAAUUAAUUUAACAAAAGAAAGUUCACCUUUUUGGAUCAUGUGUUCUGCAUUGCGGACUUUCGUUGAAGCUGAAGGAAAAGGGAAGCUCCCAGUUAGGGGUACUCUGCCGGAUAUGACAGCAUCAACAGAUCACUAUGUUGCUUUACAAAAUAUUUAUAGAAACCAAGCAGCAAUUGAUUCAGAAAUAGUCUACAGAAAGGUUCAAGAAAUUGUAACCCAAUUGCACUGUGACCAUAUAAGUGAAUCUGAAGUGAAAUUAUUUUGUAGACAUGCUCAUGACCUGCAUCUCAUUAAAGGGUCUAGUAUAGUAGGGGAAUACCAGUUUAAUAAUACAGUAUCAUCUUACAUUGCUCGAUUUUUAGAAGAACCAGAUGUUAUGAUGGUGCAUUACAUUCUACUCAGAGCGGCUGAGAUGUUUCGUUCUGAACAUUGUAGAGCUCCGGGUGAAUGGGAACCAGAGAGUGAUAUAUCUAAGUUGAAAACCUGUGUCUCUAAGCUAUUAACAGAUAUAUCUUGUACACCGUUUCCUAAAGAUGACCAUAUACAUGAAAUGUGCAGAUAUGGUGGAGCUGAAAUUCAUAGUGUUUCAGCAUUCUUAGGUGGCUGUGUAGCUCAUGAAGCCAUAAAAAUUGUCACCAAACAAUACAAGCCCGUGAACAAUACUUUUAUUUAUGAUGGUGCAUCAACUAACACAGCCACUUUUACAUUUUAA